AUGGAGGGCUUCGACACCAUGGCCAUGCCGCCCUAUCUGGCCAGCCCGUUGUCCCUCGGCAAUCUCCAGGGCGACUAUCUCAACGCCAUGCCGGGUCUCGAUCUGCCCGAUCACCGCUCCAAUUUUGAUUCCGAGACUUUUGUAAGCGACGAUCUUGCCUUCACCCAAAAUAGUCUGCCACACUCGUUGAAUCGCUUCCCCUCGGGCUAUGACGAGACCUUCACCGAUAUGGUCCCUCCGUUUGAUCCCGUGCCGCCCGAGCAGCCCCAAGACUCCUCGAUCGACCAUAAUAAUAAACUAUUGAGCUUCUCGCUGCCCGCCUACCACUUCACUUUGCUCGACUACUCCAUGCGCCGGACCUCGUUGUCGGUGGCGGCCCAACUGCAUGGCAUGUUCUUUCUCGCCGAGUCCCCAUAUACAACGUCCCCGUCGGAGAACGCACCACCCCAGCAGGGUGCCGAGCUCACUUGUUACCGUCGCAACCUCUUCCAAAUCACCGGCUCCGUGACGUUGCCCCGAGGGAUGCGCUAUAUAAUGACCGACCAGGGGGACCGAAUCCCCAUUCUGGCGCAAGAACUGACCGUAUCGGCAACGGAAUCAGUGGAGGGAAACCCUGUGAAGAUUAUUUCGGUGCCGUGGAAAACGCCCUCCGCCGCGGCCGCCAACUCCGGCACUGCCAUCGAAGAAAGCACAACCGGAACCGCCGCCAAGGUCGAGAAGGAACCCCCGCCAAUCCCGCUGGAUACGAUGGCCGGCCAGGACCUUGAUACCGACUACGCCACGUUCCCGAUCGCUUGGAAACGGCUGCAGUUCCGGGUCGCAACUGCAAACAAUGGGCGGCGCAAGGAGUUGCAGCAGCACUUUGUUGUUCGGCUCAAGGUCGUCGCGACCCUCUCGACCGGCGCAAAGAUCUCCAUUUCCGAGGUGCAGUCGGGUCCCGUCAUCGUCCGUGGCCGCAGUCCACGCAACUUCCAGUCUCGCAAGGAUCUUCCAUUGAGCGGCAGUGCCGCUGCCUCGCGAAAGAACCAGGCUAACUCGGUGGCGUCACUCAACCGCACGCCGACCAACGACUCCGUGCCGCGUCGGGCCAGCGUGACUCCGGCAAAGACCAAGGCUCCUUCAACCACGGUGCAAAGCAGUUCCCCCGAGACGACAUCCUCGACGUCCAAUGCCAUCAUGCCGCAUGCUCACCAGUCCAUCUUCCCUCACUCGAGCCCGGAGCAACUCAGUCAGGCGAUCUCACAGGCUGCGGACUCGCAGCGCCGCGUCAGUGGGACGUCGGCUGCAGCGGCUGCGCCAAUCAAUCUGUCUCUGUUGGACGAGGAAGAUAGCAAUAACACGAGCCUCCAGCUGGAUCAAAAGAUGAUGAACUCCUACGCCAAUGACCUUAAUCAACAACGCUCUGUCAGUCUAGAUCAAUCGGCUGCACCGCCUUCCAAAAUGCGCAAGCUAUCACAUGGCAUCUCCCAAACACCAUCUCGAAGCGCCUCUUCGUCUAUACCAUUACUGGAAACCGCCAACCUCCCGCAGCAAUUCGUCUCGUCGCUGCCAUUCCCGAAUGAAAGUACCGACUUCUUAUAUGAAUACUUUCCUCUCGGAUUGGAUGAUUGGCAAGCUCCUGUGGAUGCUGUUUAUCGGCCUCAUGUGGUCCAUCAUACCAAUAUGCCAGAGAUGAAGUUUGUUGCUUCACGGGGUCGCAGCAAGAGGUAUUUUGCCGCCGAGGACGUGUUUUAA